GCAUUUUCCACAUGUCGACACUCUAUUCGCUGCUGCCAUCGCACGCUAUAUGGAUGCCCUUGGCCGCUCCUGCGCGCGCCUGCGUGUCUCUACCACAACCCCAUGCCACGGCUGUGGCAUUGACACUGCCAACUCAUGCAAGGCCCACCUCUUGAGCAUUCCAUGUCACGCUUGCCCACGUCCGUGCUCGUGCUUGCGCACCCAUGGUGUCGUGGCUGUUGGCCUGUGCCAUGAUGGCCUUGACGUAGGCCCCCGAACUCACGCUUCAGGACAUGCGGCUCAAAGAGACAAGAUGGGAAAGCCCAAGAAGUUUGACUGGACUGGAAACUGUCAAACAACCUUUGACAAGCUCAAAGCCUACUUUAGCUCAUCGCCUUUGCUGACGAAGGCUGAAGAAGAGUGCACUUUUGGCCAGGAGAAACCGAGUUCAGAGAUUGAAACAUGGACCCUUUAUGUCGAUGGGUCAUCCAAUAGUAAAGGGUUAAGAGCUGGAGCAAUACUGACCAGGCCUGGUGAUUUCCAAAGUGAACAUGCAUUGAAGUUCAACUUCGAAGCCAUGAGCAAAAUGGCCGAGUAUGAGGCACUCCUCCUUGGAUUGCAUUGGGCAACCGAGCUCAAGGUCAAGCGUAAUGGAAAUCAAUACCGAUCCGGAAGUUCCCAGUUAGACAGACCCAAUUGGAGCUUACCUCUGAGAUGCAACUGUCCCAACGGACAAACAAGAGGAGAUGAAGCUGCGGAGAAAGGCGUCCUGUGUCUUAUGGGCCUAUCGAACUACGAGCUAAAUUGCCAAAGCUUCAAAAUCGGUGACCUAGUUCUUAGAAGGAUUGGGCUCACAAGGUUUGAGACCUACUUCAGCAAGCUGGUACCAAAUUGGAAAGGCCCAUACACUGUGACCAAAAUCUCACACCCUGUUGCCUACAUUCUCCAAGAUCCUGAGGGCAAGAAAGUGCCUAAGGUCUGGAAUGUUAACAACCUCAAGAAAUUCUACCUUGAAAGUUUCCCCUUUCACUACUGCCUUUCCCAGUUCAGAUCACUCCAAAAUUGUUUACAAACAAAUCAUUUUUACAAAGAUGAACAAAGCAAGGAGUUAUUCAGUAGGCUGAUCUGGCUUGUUAGCAACUUUGCUCCCUUCGUCAUCCACCAGCACGAACUCAAAACUGAAGUUCGGAGGAAAAAUGGUUCUACCUUUACUGUCCCUGUCCCAUUUCAGUGUAACUUUAGGAUGGAAGUCAGCAGUACUGCUCUCCCCAUUUUCUUCCACUUCUCCCUCCUAAUCUCUGAAUGUGAUUUUUGUCACAUCCACAACAGAAUACUACAACUUCACCUUCUUCUGGUAGUCGGAGAAGGCUGCAAUUGCUAUUGGGAGCUGGUAGAGAUUGACGAUAUCCUCGAAAGUGCUGGACUUCAAAAACUCUGCCACAUGCUCUUCAACAGAGUUGUGAACUUUGAGCUCUAGCUUAGCUGGUGCCCUCGUCACCUCAUCUAACUCUUUUUCCUUCUUUUCAAGCUCGUCUUCGCAAAUUUUCCUUUUUUCUUAUGAGAGCUCCGAGUCUCUUCUCAAGGUGGCAUUCUCCUUUCUAAGCUCCUACAUCCCUGCCCUCAGUUUUGCCACCUUGAGCUCAGCGUCCUCAUUUUUCUUGACGAGCUCUGCAUUCUCCUUCCUUAACUAAGUCCUAUCCUUCAGGCUUUUGUGAUGCUCAUUCGUCAGUACAUUCAUGAGAUUCACAACCUGCAUAAUAGGUUAUACUUAAAUCAACAAACAAUUAACAAGAUCUUUAUCC